AUGGACAAGGGACCCAGAAAGGUCACGCUGUUUGGAGGUGCCAGAUCCUCCUCUCUUGUUCAUGAGCUCUGUGGACCCCCACCAUGGACCCGACCAUCGGCAGUUGUGUGGAUGACAGGGCUCGUCCUCUCUGGGGCUGCUGUCUAUGCAGAAACCAAUGGUGCCUGUUCCUCCCUCUGGGGGCUGGUGGUGCCCCUCUGGCCCCCAGACAAGGAGACCCCUUCCGUGCCCAGCGACCCUCCCUGGCCCCGGGACCACACCUCCGCUGUUGCCCACAUCGCCCUGCCCCUCCUGCCACGGCACCAGGAAGCUCUCGGGGCCUCUGGGCCCGAAGUCCUGGAAGUCGGCCGGGUGGCCCCUCGUGUGGGCCGGGCCCCCAGCGUCCCCCUCAGAGACAGCCUGAAUCACCUCAACCUGCCCCCACUGCUUGCGCUGCCCCCACGGUGGGCCCCCAUCCUGGGCCCCAACGGGGCUGGAGACAAGCUGCUGGAGGCUGAGCGGAGCCCCCGGGCCCCAGGGGGCUUCCAGUGCCUGCACUGCCACAAGCCCUACCAUACACUGGCCGGGCUGGCCAGGCACCGGCAGUUGCACUGCCACCCACAGGCUGGGCGCGUGUUCGCCUGCCAGCACUGCGACAAGGAGUACACCAGCCUGGGCGCCCUCAAGAUGCACAUCCGCACCCACACGCUGCCCUGCCUCUGCGGGGUCUGUGGCAAGGCCUUCUCCAGGCCCUGGCUGCUGCAGGGUCACAUCCGAACCCACACAGGGGAGAAGCCCUACGCCUGCCAGCACUGCAGCCGUGCCUUCGCUGACCGCUCCAACCUCCGGGCCCACCUGCAGACUCACUCGGACACCAAGAAGUACCGGUGCAAGGGCUGCGCCAAGACCUUCUCACGCAUGUCCCUCCUGGCCCGGCAUGAGGAGUCCGGUGGCUGCCCUGGCCCCUGA